GUAAAUUUUAAGCAUGGCGGGGAUUUCAAAGAAGCAAGAGGAUGAGUCAUAAGUCUUGCGAUAUUGUUACAUAUUACAACGUUUGUGUUGUAUAAAGAGGCAAAUAUAAAAAAAAAAAAUCAAAUGAUUGAGCACCUUCACUACACUUCCAUUCUAAAAUGAAUACUAUUAGUGACCCCAAUGCAACAAUAACUUCCCAACAAAUGGAGCAUUAUCUUGAUGAUUGUGAGCCAAAAACCUGUGUUCUUUACUCACAUUCCCCAUCUGUACAAGUGUAUUAUGCGCUUCGCAGCCGUCUUGAGUCUAGUUCAGAAGCUUGGUUACAGGAAUUUAUUUCUCUUGAUGGCCUUGACAGUUUGUUAGACUCCCUGGGUCACAUGACAGGCUCCAAAUUUUCUGGAUUUUCAGAUGCCAUAUUGCAGAUUGAUUGUCUUUCAUGCAUUCGGGCUGUGCUCAAUUCACGUGUGGGUAUGGAUACACUUGUCAACAGCAGGGAUGGUAUUUAUAAACUUCUCAGAGGGUUUGAUCUGGCAAAUACCUUGCCAAGAAAACAUGUGAUGGAACUGUUGUGUGCUGUCUGUGUAUACAAUAAAAUGGCACAUCGACGUUUGCUUGAAGCUUUAGAUAAAUACAAGAAAAUGAAACACCUCUAUCAUCGCUUUAGUUUUAUUGUGAAUGAAUUAAAAAUGGCUGAAACUAUCCCCCACAAGACAUGUGUGCUUACGCUGAUUAAUUCAGUGAUUUGCUCAGCAACAGAUAGAUUAACUCGAUGUCGAAUAAGGAAUGAAUUUAUUGGAUUAACACUGUUGGAUGUACUUUCAUUCCUGCAGAGAGAAGAUACAGAUGAGGAUCUGUAUACACAGCUACAGGUGUUUCAAGACAAAAAGCAUGAAGAUGAGACAACUGUUGAUCCGGCAGCGAACUUAGACUUUAAUGCCCCACAAGAUUUAGCUGAUGCCAUCCAGUCUAAGGUGUUUGGAGGCCCCAAGAUGGUGUCCUUUGUUAAUAUUCUUCAAGAUCUUUUGGCCAUUGAAAUGCAGCAAAAAUCCAAAAGUGAAAUGUUGUGGCAGUUACUUGAGAGACAGACACAUCAUCUAGUUCACUGUGUUGAUGACAUUGACACAUACACCCUUUGGGAUACAGAAGUAACUUGCCAAGUGCUCACAUCAGCCACUGGAAAAAAUGAAGUGCCUUCUAUAUGUCGGGAAACACCACAAAAUACCAGAAAACACAGGUGCCAGAGCGAGACUGAGAAAACCCUCCACAAACAGACAUCCUCCUCAUGCGUUGGUCGAGAGAGUGGAUCCUCCAAGACCUCUGCUGACUCGGGUUAUCUCGGAUGCGAAGACAAGCUAAGCCCUCAAGGCUACAACACAGACACUAGUCCUAAUGACAGAAACUUGAAAGAAAUCACAGGCAGAAUCAACAAUGCCGACAACUGUUAUGGCACCAGAAAAAGAGCAAACAGUCACGGCGUUCUGAAAACAAACACCCGGCAUGUCAGCAUGUACGACAACAUGUCACCUGAUAAACUACCACCAAGGCAGUCGACCCCUUCAACACGGAGAAAAAACUCUGGACCAAAUUUAAAACAUGACAUCAAAGAGGAGUCAAAGAUAUCGCCUGUUCAGAAAAUUGUUCUUAACAAAAUAAACACACCAAAACUGAACUUAAUUGGAGAUAAAUUAAAAAAUCCAGAUCCUACUGACCAGCCAAGAACCCCACAUGGACAUUGCAACUACCUGAAUUAUCAACGUAAUCGUAUCGCUUUCCCAGCUAACCCAAUGAGAAACUUAAAGUGGAUCAAGCUAGACCAGUCUGACAUUGGGUUAUAUCCCCACUGCAUCUGGUCCAAUGUUGAUGUCUCAAAGUUCAAAGUGCAGCCAGAUUUUCAACAGAUGGAAGAAUUGUUUAGAGACAAAUCAACUUCAGAUGGAACAGAUGUCCCUCUGUUGAGCAACAAGUCCAGGGUUUGCCUGAAUCUGUUCCUGAAUCGCCUGGAUGAGGAACCAACUGAGUUGAUAAAGAAAUUUGCCUGUGGUGAUGGGUCUGGUCUCCCACUUCAUGUCAUUAAAAACUUGAUGGAUAUCUUACCUGACAGCAAUGAGAUAAAGCACCUGAAGUAUUACAAUGGCAAUCUACUGGACUUGGGUCAAGCUGAGCAGUUUGUCAUGCAUCUGGCUGACCUCCCUGAUUACUACACCCUGUUGCUGGGUCACUUGAGACGAGCCGAGUUCUCUGUGACACUUCCACAAGUGAGCUCUCUACUGGCCAGUAUGAUGGAGACAUCAAGAGUUAUCCUAAACAGUGAAGGACUCAAGGAAGUCCUUGUUCUGAUCCUACGCAUUGGGAAUUUCCUAAAUCAUGGCCAGUAUAAUGGUUAUGCUUGUGGCUACAAAAUUGACAGUUUAAUGAGGCUAUCAGAGGUCAAGUCUAGGGAGACUGGACACAAUUUGGUCCACUUUCUGGUCAGUUUGGUUGAGUCCAGCGAUGAUCAGCUGUUGAACUUCCUCAGUGAGAUUCCAAAGCUGGAAAAAGCUGCCAGCUCCAGCCCUUCUCAGAUUAAGGCAGACUUUGAUAAAAUGAACACACACAUCAACGUCUUUGUUAGACAUCUUGCUGCCGCUCAUCCAUCCAUCAGGGAUCAGUUUUCCACAUUCCUUGAGGAAGUAAAAACUGCAUUCAGAGAGCUUCAAUCACAAAUAACAGAACUAAAGCACCUGUCUCAGAGACUGGCAGAGUUCUUUUGUGAGGCUGAGUCGUUUGAAAUUCAGCACUGUUUUCAGACUUUGCUUGAAUUUUUCAAACAACUGAGACUAUGUCGACAGGAGGUGGAGCUAAUGAAGAAACAAAAGUCAGUGGCUGUGAAACAUACAAACAUGUUCAUUCAACAAAUACGGUCAAAGCAUUUUGCUCUAAAAUUUGGACUUGAUGCAGGUGCUAGCUCUUCAAUGGUGGAGGAAAGAAAACCCUUGAUGGACACAAUUCUGACUGAGUUACACCGUGGCAAUUUCAAACCAACUUUAGUGCCUGCUUCUCAACCCAUCCCACCGCCUGAUGUCAUCAAAAAUUCUCCUGCACAACGCAAGGGAAUCAAUUCAGGAACAACAACUCCUGAUCGUGAUCUAAACCCCAUGGAGUUGUCCCACAUCAGUUUGCUAGGAACACCAAUGAUGAAUCGACCCUCCAGUGAGGCUUAUGAUGAAGACCUGACAAUUACUGCGCUGACUACAGCACCUAAGAUGGUCACUAGCUCAGUCAAAAAUUUACCUGAUGGCUUGACAUCCACUGCUGCUGGUGUGGCCCCACCUGUGAUGUCCAUACAGGGUCAGCUGACCAACACUGCAUCAUACCGAUCAAGAAGCCAUUAUAGAAGUCGCAGUGAUCUAGCGGACUCUAUCAAUGUCACCAAGAAAUGGAUCAGUUACAACCUAUCUCACAGGUACCAAGAGCAAAUACGCCUGGACAACCUGCCGGCCACCCUGGCCAUACCAGAGAGCUCACUGAUGCUGGCCACGCUAAACCUGGAGGCUGGCGCCAAACGUUAUCCGCAGUCCGUAGCGCUGGUCGCUGGUCCGACAAUCGAGCUUCCGAGGUCUGAUAACGCAAACACUGAGCAGUGUGGGUUCGUGCGCAAUGGCAAAAAAGGUGAGAGGAAGUCGGGUGCGCUGUCCAAUUUCUUUAACAAGAUUUCUAAGAAAGUACUCAAACAGAGAAACAGUGGUGAUGGAGGGACGAGGACGGAUGGGCACGCUGGUGGACAGCAGACAGGAGAGAAUAUGAAACCUCCACUGGGUAAAGCCUAUAGUGCUAAAUAUAGCAGCGAAGACAAGGAAAAUGUUCACUAUCAAGAUUUGCAUAGAAAAAAUCCUGUUCGUCUCUCCAAUCGCUUCAAAGGGAAAUCAGUUAAAUAGUAAAAUUUAUCAGUGAAGAUUGGUAUUUUUGAAGAAAUUUUAAAAUUUGCUUUUGCUGUUUAGAUUUAGAUGUUAGUUUUUUUUUCAUGAAUAGUUUCAUAAACAGUGCUUGUUUUGUUAAUAGAUUAUUCGAUAACUUGAAUUAAGCAGUUACUAUUAACUAUUUUAGGAUGUAUUUCCUAUUGGAACUGUAGCAAUAAAUGGCAACUCUUCUUUUUUUCUAAGCAGUUAAAAAUAUAAACUGGACAUUAAUCUUGAUCAAGAAUGCUCAGUCAUCCUUGAAUGUUAUAUGACUUAUAAGAAUGAAUAUAAAACUAGUUCUUGAAUAUGAUGUUCUACCCUGCACUCUUGUAAAAAUUUUGGCACUUUUUCCUAUAAUAGAUGUUCAUAUUUGUUGGUGAUAUUUUUUUUUCUUCUUCUAACUUUUUGUAACUUAGAUUGAGGCGAAUCUUAUUAGUGUGCAGUGCUUUUGUUUUGCUGUGCUUUAAUUAUUUCGACAUAGUCAGAUGUACUAGUCACUAGUUUUUUCUUUUUACUUGGAUAUUUUGUGAUAUUUGUUGUGAUGGAUCUUGGUGAGGGGGCGUCGGCUUGGUAGUUUUGCUGUGUCAGUUUGCUUUGUCUUCCAGAGACCGCUAAACAUCUUUUAUUUUUUUAUUGAUGUGCUUUCUAAAAUUUUGUUUUUAUUGUCAUUUCUCUUAGGAAAUUAACUUGUUUCAAACUUAGUGCUUUAUUUAUUUUUUAAAUUUCUUUUUUUUACUAGAGGUGAAAACAUUUACUAUAGUUGAUUGGUAGAUAUUUUUCUUUUUUAAUUAUUUUUUGUUGCAAAUUUUUUUCUUAUAUAUUUUUAUUGUAAAAAGAACGUGUGCAAACAGAGGUGUAUAGAUUGUUGUAUUUAUUUUUGUUGUAUGAGUUUUAAUUCUGUUGUGAUGGAGUACAAUCAAUGUACAAUUUAUGCUCACGUCUGAAGGUUGUGAAGAACUUAGGGACUUCUGCAGACUGUUUAUGCUGCUGUUAGGGUUUGUGAUAAAUUGAUGGAAUGAUGCGGAUAAAUUACGCUAUCUUUAAUGUAAUAGAAUGCUUUAAUUCUGUUAAGAAUUGUUGCUAAUGGGUUGUGAUUAUUUGAAGCAAGAAUUCAAGUUAUAUUUCUGUUUCUAUAUUGUAAUGCUGUGGAUUACAAGAGUUGUGUAUUAAUCAUGCAAUGAUAACUUUAUAACACUUUAUUGUUUCAUAAGUAUUAUACUACUUUGCGAUCAAAUCCAAACUAUGAUUUUGAUCCUCUGUCACUGCCCUUUGAAAUCUGAUCAAGCUAACUUCCAACUUUGUACAGUUAUUUAUUUUCCUUCAUGCCAGUUUUUGACAAUCUAUUUUGCUACAAUAUUUUUAAAACAAUUUUUUUACAAAAUGUUCUGAAAAAAUGAAAUACACAUUUACAUAUUUUUUGUACAUGUAACUUUACACACACUGUUAUUUACCUACUGUUCACAACUGUAUUGAAAUUUGGAGUCUUUCAAAUUUAAAGAUCAGACCAUACAUCUUUAAAAUAUUUGCUAGUCUUUGUAAUAACAACCAUUCAUCUUUAAAAUAUUUCCUAGUCUUUAUCUUACAUUUUUAGAUGCAUUGUGUCAUUUUUUAAAUAUGACAUAAUAAUUUCCUUAGAGCUACGGAAUAAAGUGCUUUUUUGCUGA